AAAUUAUUUUCGGUCUUUUCUUUCCGUCGGUUGAGAGAGAAAGAAGAGAGAGAGAGAGAGAGAGAGAGAGAGAGAGAGAGGAAGCGAUGCAGUUGCAAGGAGCAGAGUGAUCCCAUCAAGCCAUCAUCAAUCAAUCAUCAAAUGUCGAGGAUGAAGCAUCUGCUACGCAAAUUACACAUCGGUGGGGGAGUCGAUGAACACCACAGAUUGGGCGUAAUCCGUCCUUCCAACAAUACUUCACCACAGUCUUCGUCUCCGUCUCCGUCGUCGUUGGCGGGGGCUUCACUAUCUUCGUCGACACCUUCUGCAUUCUCCAGGAAUAGAGUUGUCGAUACAUCAGAAAGGGCGGGUGGAGCCGUUACUGCCGCUGAAUCAUCGGAUAGUUCGGCUGAUUUUAGUUUUUUCGAAGAUGAGUUUCAGGUGCAGCUGGCUUUGGCUAUCAGCGCAUCUGAUCCUGAUGCCCGCCAGGACCAGGAAGCUGUCCAGAUCAAGGCGGCGAAGCGGAUGAGUUUGGGUUGUCCUCCUCCUGUCGCUGCCGAUGAAACCCUUGUCGAGUACCUCUCGCUUCGCUAUUGGAACUACAAUUUUGUAAAUUAUGAUGAAAGAGUGGUGGAUGGAUUCUAUGAUGUCUAUGGCAUUACCUCAAACUCAAACAUGGAAGGGAAAAUUCCAUUGUUGGUAGAUCUUCAAGCAACAUCCAUUUCAGAAAAUGUUGAUUAUGAAGUGAUUCUAGUAAACCGAAGUGCUGAUCCUGCACUUCGACAGCUUGAGAGAAAAGCAGUUUCUAUAGCAUCAGAAUGCCAAACUGCAGAGCUUGGUCCAAUUUUAAGUGGUCUAGUCCAGAAGAUUGCAGAUCUUGUUGUUGGUUGCAUGGGAGGGCCAGUCGUGGAUGCUGAUGAAAUGUUAAGACGGUGGACAGUUAGGAGUUACGAAUUACGAAAUUCAUUGAACACAAAUAUUCUUCCUCUUGGUUGUUUGGAUGUUGGACUUUCUUGUCACAGGGCCUUGCUCUUUAAGGUACUAGCUGAUCGGAUCAAUCUUCCAUGUAGGCUGGUGAAGGGGAGCUACUACACUGGUACUGAUGAUGGAGCAGUGAAUUUGAUUAAAGUUGAUUAUGACAGUGAGUACAUAAUUGAUUUAAUGGGAUCUCCAGGCACCCUAAUUCCUGCAGAAAUACCUAAUAAUUGUCUUCAAAAUUCUGGAUCAGAUGUAAGGAGCUCUGUUACCAUUGCACAGAAUGUAGAGGGUUCAUGUUUUGCACUUGGCAAGGUCAAUUGUCAAUUUGAAAAUCAAACAAGUGAAGCAACUAUAUUUGGACACCUAGAUCAUGUUUCCCAAGUUAGUUUGUUGGGUUCAGAUGAUAUUGGCAUUCAAGCAAAGAAGGAUGAUGCAAAUAUUUCUGAAAAAAAUCAAACUGAGAAAUUUGAGUAUGAAUUUGGCAAGCUCUUUCUGUCCUUGCAUAAACCACAUGAGAGUUCAUCUGGCACUGGUGUAAAAGCUUCAUCUGCCCAGAAGGUGAAAGUAAAGGAUGUUUCUGAAUAUGUGAUUAGUGCGGCACAAGACCCAGAAUUUGCCCAGAAACUUCAUGCUGUCUUGCUGGAGAGUGGUGCAUCCCCUCCACCAGAUUUAUUUUCUGUUCUAACUCCCCAGGUCCUGGAAAAACAUACCUUACUUGGUCAAAGUCAGUCUGUGGAUGUGAACAAGUUUCAUAAUGGGGCAGAAUUUUUUCAUGAUAAGUUUCGCUUCGGCAUGGACCCAGUAACUCGAGAUAGACAACAAACUUCUACAGGGGAGAUGGCAGGGAAAAAGAAAGAUAAUGCAUCUGAUUCAGCUAGCCUUAAAAAUGAGAAACCAAUUCUGAAUUCGGUCACAGAUAAACCAGGUUUUGCUUGUUCCAGUUUGGAUCUUCAUUGUGAUGCUGGCAAAACCAUUAUCAGCCAUGGUGUUUGUUCACCCCCUGUGGCUUCGGGUGUGGGUUUUAUGUUGGUUAAUAAUAAAGGUAAUGACAUGGCCCAGGAUGAUUCCACAGUUGUAGACUUGCUUCCUGCUCUUGUUUCAUCUUUGGUUAGAACUGCAUGUGAAGAAAAAAUCCAGGACUGUCCAGCACCAUGUGCAGUUGGCUCUUAUCCAAAGGAACUUGAAAAUAUUUUUGCUGGGGGUGAGGUGAAUUCUCAAGGAAAUGCAGGAGUUGUAAAUAAUGUGGAAACUGGACGAAACAAUUCUUUGGAAGAGCAUCAAUUAAGUGCCAAGGAAUUAAUUGAACCAGCCAAUUACAAUCAACAUUUUGUCAGUGGUUUUCGGAGAGAGCAAAUUAACCCAAUGCUUGAUGAAGUUGCAGAGAUUCCAUGGGUGGAUCUUCAAAUUGGUGAACGAAUUGGUCUUGGUUCAUAUGGCGAGGUCUAUCGUGCAGAUUGGAAUGGCACUGAAGUUGCUGUGAAAAAAUUCUUGAACCAAGAUUUCUCAGGUGAUGCAUUGGAGCAAUUCAGAUGUGAAAUUAGGAUCAUGCAAAGGCUGCGGCAUCCAAACAUUGUUCUUUUUAUGGGAGCAGUUACUCUCCCUCCAAAUUUGUCAAUAAUGACAGAGUUUCUUCCUAGGGGGAGUUUACACAGGUUAUUGCAUCGGCCCAACGUUCAACUAGAUGAAAAGCUUCGAUUACGAAUGGCACUGGAUGUGGCAAAGGGAAUGAAUUGCUUGCACACUAGCCAUCCCACUAUAGUACAUCGAGAUUUGAAGUCCCCUAAUCUUCUUGUUGAUAAAGACUGGGUUGUGAAGGUUUGUGAUUUUGGGUUAUCACGUUUGCAACAUCACACAUAUUUGUCUUCAAAAUCUACUGCUGGAACGGCAGAAUGGAUGGCACCAGAGGUUCUCAGAAAUGAACCAUCCAAUGAGAAGUGUGAUGUUUAUAGUUUCGGUGUGAUAUUGUGGGAGUUGGCUACCUUACGAAUGCCAUGGAGUUGGAUGAAUCCAAUGCAGGUAGUUGGAGCCGUUGGAUUCCAAAAUAGACGUCUUGAUAUACCUGAAGAGGUUGACCCAAUUGUGGGGCAAAUCAUUAGUGAUUGUUGGCAAAGUGACCCAAACCUGCGACCCUCUUUCGCUCAGCUUAUGUUCCGUCUCAAGCAUCUUCAGCGCCUAGCUGUUGAAAGAACUUAGGCAUUAGGCGCAAAUUAGAGAGGAAGUUACGGUAGCAGCAGCAAGAAUUCCCCGGACAACUUUUCUUGAGGCUUAAAGAAGCUGGGGGCAGCAGAACUCUAGUUGCAGGUAUCAUUUGAGACGAGCAUCCAUUAGAAGAGAGGAAGGGGAACAAAAAAAAAAAUCAUUGGACCGAAUUGGGGCUGUUGGUUCAUUCAAAGUGGGAACCACAACCCAACAAAGUAAGAACAUUCUGUCCAUUGAAGUGGGGAUCCUUUUUUAAAUGACUGGAAAAUGCGGAGGGAAUUUAUUUUUUAACCAUUCAGUAGAGAAUUGUCAAUUGUGAAUAAUAGUUUCUCAGCUGAGGGAAGGAGGGUGGGGGAAACAAUUGUUUCAUGUUUUUGGAGUGGCGAGGAGGAUCAUUCACGGAUGCAUGGAAGCAUUGGCAAUGUAUACAUCUGAUCUUGUGCUGUUAAUUGUUGUGAAGAAGAAAAUGAGAAGAGAAAAAGGAAAGAAGAAAGCGAUGGUACAACAAUAGUAUUGGAAUGCAAAAAGAUGUGUUCCUUUGAUCUGUAAAAUAAUCUGCAAAAAGAUGUGUUCCUUUGAUCUGUAAAAUAAUCUUGCUAACAGUAUGCAAUUGUGUAUACGCAUGUCUACAUUUAUUUUUAAUCUAUACGGGCAAAAAAGAAGCUUUUACCCGAAAA